AUAACAAAAAUGGCGGCCGUCAGGGUCUGUUCGUGAUCAUCUGACAUCUGAUACAGAGAGACAGAGGAGUAUGACGAUACCCGGGCGACCAGAAACUCUGCCAGACCGAACAUAAAUUCAAGAAAUGACUCACGCCGAUAACUCUUGUGGCCAGGAUCGAACAUGGGAACUAAUUGUUGUAAAAGCUCAAAAGAAAACCCCGAUGAGAUAUGUGAACCAGACAGCGCAAACCCCCAACAUUCAGGCGAGUCGGCUGCUCUGGUGGAACGACUCGUUCGCGAAUUUCUUUCGGUGAUAAGAACUCUCGUCGACCAUGAUCCUCCGAUUUUCUUCAUGGAGCUGAUACACAUCGCGGAUAAAAACUAUGUCCUCGUAGUCCAAUCCCUGUGUAGAGCGAUUCCCCUGGAGGAGCUGGUUGGACCCCUCGUCAUAUCACAGAUACUCUAUGAGUGUCCCUCGCCGAGUAAAGAGGAUCUCAUCGGCUUCAUCAACCUCCUGGAGACGCCGUCUUUCAAAGAUGAUGCCUACGAGCGGAAUCUCUGUGUUGCCUUAGCUUGCGUAGCGGAUCGAAUGGCUGGGCCAUACGCCGUCAGUUUGCUGACCGAAACGACUUUAAACUUCCUCGUAGAGAGGCUGGAUCAUCGGAAAAAACAUGAUACUCAGGUGGUCUUGUUCGCCUUAAUUGCUUUGGAAAAGUUCGCGCAAACGUCGGAGAAUAGGGUCACCAUCGAAAAAUUCCUCAACGCCGAAUAUGAUUCAAACAAUCAUCCCCUGAGAGCGUUGGAGACUUGGGCCGAUGAGGAAGACCCCAUCCGACGACAAGUCGGGUUCUGCGCACAAUGGGUCUUGGACAACAUCUUCCUACUGCCCGAUCGGGAUUACUCGUAUACACGAGUGACCCUGAAGGGAAUCAACGCAAUCCUGAACGGCCAGGACAUGACCGAAUGUAUGAAAGUUUCCCCGAAUGGCUUGGAGGCUCGCGCGGAUGCCUGCUCUUUCGAAUCCGUCCGUUCCACGUUCGAGGUCUCGGAAGGAUGUUGGUAUUAUGAAGUGGAGCUCGUUACGGAUGGCAUCAUGCAGAUCGGUUGGGCGACACGGAACUCAAAAUAUUCCAACCACGACGGUUACGGUAUCGGCGACGAUCAGUAUUCAAUAGCCUAUGACGGUUGUCGACAACUCAUCUGGUAUUGUGGUCACAGCAUCCCAAUCAAUCACAAGCCAUGGAAACCCAACGAUAUUCUGGGAUGUCUUCUAGAUAUCGACAACAAGGAAUGUCUAUUCUCGUUAAAUGGCGUUCCCCAGCCUUCACUUGUUGGAUCUGUGUUCUUUGAUUCUACGAAGAAUGCGGGAUUUUUCGCUGCAGCUUCAUUCAUGACCUAUCAGCAAUGCCGAUUCAAUUUCGGCUCGCGAGAAUUCGUGUACCGGCCAACGGACCGUAAAUUCAAAUGCUUCAACGAAUGCGGCUCGCUGAACGAGGAGAGCGCGAGAAUUAUUCCAAACCAUAUGAAACUCAGAAGAGGCUCCCUCGGUGUUACGAACGCUUGCUCGAUAUGCGUGGACUCCGAAGCUUCGACGCGAUUGGAACCAUGCGGUCAUUCGGGGUUUUGUGAUAAAUGCGCUAACGUUCUAGAAAACUGUCCGUUGUGCCGUGCGGAAAUUUCGCAGAGGAAAACCACCAAAGAGGUCCAGACUCGGGAAGCCGAAACGAGCGAUGAGACCGCAUAA